AUGGUCACACGGCGACCUGAAGCUCUAUUGGGAGCAACUUUAAUUGAACGUCAAAAAAAUUCAACGGUAGCAACAGCUUCAUCUGAAUUAUCAGUAAUAAAUGAUAUAAGCCAACGGAAUUCUAUUCCUAGACAAAUUGUCUUUAGUCGAGUAUGUGAACGACGGAAAAAAAAACCGUACAAAGAACUUACACUAGAGGAAAAGGUCCAACUAAUUCGUAUGGCGGAAGAAAAUACCAGUAUGAGUCAAGCAAGUAUUGCAGAACGAUAUUCAAUAGCUAAAAGUAACGUAUGUCGUAUUUUACAAAGAAAGCACGAAUAUAUAAGAGCAUAUGAAUCUGCUGGCUUUGCUGGUUCACGCAAACGGAAAUUAAGAAGCGAUUCGGAUGCUUUUAGUAUGAUUCCGCCAAACAAAUCGUCCUUUUUAAAGGUCCCUUUAUUUCAUCAAGCCAAAACUCCACAUCUACCUGGCGAUUUGCAAUUAAGUAUUCAUUUAGCAGAGAGCAAUUUAGAUCCAAUUCAAGAGAGACACAACAAAAUCUCCGACAAAAAUCUUGGCAAUGAAACCUUACGAGCACACAUGUAUAAACAACAUCAGAUAUCAAGGAUGUUUAUGUGUCGUUGCUGUAACUGGGCAUUUCCGGAUAAAACCAGUCUUCAUAUGCACAUGCAGGCAAAAGAAGAAGGAAAAACGAUUUCUGUUCCUGUCAUAGGCAAAGGGAAUCCGCCCACGCAACAAUCAAAUUGCAAUGGAACAGUACAACAUAAUGGAACAUCAUCACAAAUACCAACACUGCAUGCGCCACAACCUCGCAUUCCUUCUCUACAUAAUUCAUCAAAUCCUCUCAUACCAAAAAAAAUUUUUUUUGUUAUAGCACUUCAUGCAGCUGCAGCUGCACUAUUUCCGCAAAUGGUAAUGCUUCGAGGCCAAUCGGGAAGCGGAAUUGCAAAUGACAAUAUUCUCUCUAAGUUGCAUGAACGACUUGUAUUAAAUAAUCUACUUGCUCAAUCAGGAUUUGGAAUAGCAGCAUGGCUCGCGAAUUUUCCCAGAAUGGACUGUGGUAUUAGUCGAGUUGAUACACCAAAUGGAGGUGCUAAUUCGAUAAAAAGUGAACCAGAAAUGAACGGUGUCGAAACGGAUGACGAGGUCAACGUCGACCGAGAUAUCGAAGAUGAUGAUAAACAGAAAGAUUUAGCUGAUAUAGUCAAUGAGCACAAUAAUAUUCCGCAGAAAACAAACGAAAAAAGUCAAAUCAAUGAACCAGUAAUUCAGCUGAAUUAUAAUCCAAGAUGUGAGGAGAAAACUGCCUCGAUCUGGAAGUCAAAUGGAACAUCAGCUCAAAUGGGUCUUGUAUCAAGUGAUGAAAACAGUUUAUCGCUAGCACCUAAUAUAAUAACGAAAAAGGUUCCAGCCAAACAAUUAUCAAGUGAUGGUGAAAUUACGAGUAAACCAUUUGAUGGGAAAGCUAGUGGUGAUAGCUUUAUGGAUUUUACCACAUCUGAAAAUUCACAAUGUGAUCAUUCACCAGAAUUUAACAGAGAUAUUUUGCACACAUCGCCAUCAGAAACACGUAGUAGCGUCUCGCCUUCCACUGAAUGCUGCGAUUGUUCUAUUUAUAAGCGAAAAUUAGCAGCCGCUAUUAGCCGUUGCAGAUAUCUCGAAGGCAAAACCGCUAUUUUACAAUCAGAUGCAUUACGAUUCAAUACUAAAGUAUCAUUGUCUGAAAACUCGAUACGUCAUGCUGAACAAGAAAGUCAAGUGCUGCGCGAACAAAACGAACUUCUCCAGCGAAAACUUUUAGAAUGCCAAGAGAAAACAUUAUCUUUUAUGCAAAAUGAACAAAACAUCGACACUCAGUCUAUUGCGAUUUAUCUAAAUGAUAUACUUAAAAUAACAUUUUUACGUUAA